AUGCACCUGCCAGGCUCCACUCUGACCAUGGCAGAUGGGAGCUUCUCCCUCUCUGGACACCUGGUUCGGAGUCCCACAGCAAACCCCUCGCGGCUACACAGCAUCGAGGCCAUAUUGGGAUUUACCAAGGACGACGGGAUCCUCAGCUCCUUUCCCGCAGACAGAGGCGCCCGUGCCUCUAAGGAGCAAGACAAGAGGGCGGGGACCCGUCUCAGCUUACCCAGAGCACCGGGAGAGGCAGAGGCUCCGCCGCCGCCGCCCCCUCCCCAACUCCCUGCUUCCAUGCUGCCCCCAGCCCAGUCCCAGGUUGAUGAGUACGAAGAUGCUUGCUCUUAUGGCCCCAAGGAGCCGGGGGAGGAAAGUCUAAGCCCAGAGCUGCCCGCCUGCCACACCCCUAGCGACGGGAAGCUGUCGGACGAGGAGCAGCCCAAGAAGAAACAUCGUCGGAACCGCACCACUUUCACCACCUACCAGUUGCAUGAGCUGGAGAGAGCCUUUGAGAAGUCCCAUUACCCAGAUGUCUACAGCCGCGAAGAGCUGGCCGUCAAAGUCAACCUGCCAGAAGUCCGGGUCCAGGUGUGGUUUCAGAACCGGAGGGCCAAAUGGAGGAGGCAGGAGAAGCUGGAAGUGACCUCCAUGAAACUGCAAGACUCUCCCAUCCUCUCUUUCAACCGCUCCCCGCCACCCACUGCCCUGCCACCCCUCGGGGGAGGCGUGGGAGGUGGUGGCGGCGGCGGCGGGGCGACCCUGCAGCUGGAAUCGUGGCUGAGUCCGCCGCUGCCAGGCGGUGGCGGAGUCGGCGGCGGCAGCACCCCCUUACAGAGCCUGCCGGGCUUCGUGACCUCCCCGCAGGGCCUUCCAGCCAGCUACACACCCCCACCACCCUUCCUGAACUCCCCUCCUCUAGGGCACAGCCUGCAGCCUCUAGGGCCGCCCCCGCCUCCUCCUUACCAGUGCGGAGCUAACUUUGUGGACAAGUUUUCCCUGGAGGAAGCAGAUCCCCGGAAUACCAGUAUCGCUGCGCUGCGCAUGAAAGCUAAGGAGCACAUCCAGUCGAUUGGGAAGCCUUGGCAAGCCAUAUGA